CUGCAAGCAACUUCCUCUGCUGCACGUCCAAGAAAACAAGGCUCAGGCCUGGCAAGAGCAACGUUGUGUCGAUAAACGGAGCAAGGUGCAAUCUGCCGUGUCCAGGCAAGACGAGAACAGACUCCUGGGCAUACCGCCAGAGCUCCUUCUGAAAAUUACGAGCAACCUCGGCCCGGCGGACAAAGCCUCACUUGCUCUUACUUGUAAAGGCGCGUACCAAUUCUCCAACCUAAAUGAUUUUGGGCCUAUGGAUAUGCCUCCAAUAUCCGAAAUCUGGGGCCGGGGAUGCCACGAGCCAUUCCCGAUGGAAUACGAACGGUUCAAAUUCCUUCAGGGCUUGCAGGGAGAUUCGCGCAAGGACAUUGCCUGUAUCUGGUGCCUCAAACUGCACCCAAAGAAUCAAAACUGCUCUCUUGGAUGUGCUCCCAGCUUUUCCUCGGAAAGGCGGAUCAAAUUAGACGAAACCACCUGCGAAUGGCGGCUCACGCUCAGCGGCAGGAGCACCGGCAUCUACAUAUCCAACUUCGAGAACGUCGACGAAGAGUCAAAAGAAUUUAUCGCCAAUAAUACUGGCACGGUUGAAGAACGCUUAGACGGACGUUAUAUUUUUACUAUUCUACAGCCUUACAGGGAAGUGGAACUUCCUAAAGUAUACGAAACAUCAGGAGAGAAAUUCAUUACCAUCCGCGUCGACUACGACAAAGUCUUCGACCGCGACGCUUUCUUUGGUCCCCAGCUCAAAAACGCCUCCGUCAAAGUAUGCAACCACAUGAACUUUCCCGAAACCCCUGAACUCUGGGAUAUGGUCUACUGCAAAGUCAUGAACCAUCCGGAAAAGCUUUCCUGCCACAAAUGCGCCAACGCUCCACACCACUGCGACAAGUGCGACGCCAUCUUCAGCUUUAAUGUGCAGCCACUAGACACACUUGGGGAACUGUCUGAACGCUACGUCAUUCUCCGGGGACGCGUUCUCCGCCGAAUCAGCACGAAGCUAAGGCAGCGUGCGAAAAUCAGAGCUAUCGAUUCCUCAAUGCCUGACGAAACGACCGGGCCAUUUGCGCUGGACUCUACGUGGGGCACGAUGCAACACAAAGUAGCUAUACGAGGUGAUUUUGGAUGGAGGCCUGGUGACUCUCUCGAUGAUCAAGAGCCAAUGUGUUACAUUCCCCCCUACCAGAAAAAUGGAAAAGACUCUCUCGAUUGA